GGAUCGACUGAAUACAUGGUGGGGAAAAUCAGGGAGCCUCCACUCUUAAGUUACGUGCAGUGCGAAUCUCAAUUUCAAACUUGCUGAGAACCAGUGAUCCAAUCGUGCGAGUUGCAUAACCAACAACUCUCCACGUGACCCCUUCCCGAACAGGCAACACACAGGGCAGCGAAGUUUCCUGGCCUUUUUAUUACUUCAAUGGACCCGGCUCGACCUUGUCUCUGUUCUCUUUCAUUUCUCGUUUGUUCUUGACUGGUCUUCUUCUUUUCAGAUUUGCAUGACCCUAGGUUGGAAAGGAGACGAUGUUCUCCGCUGCUACCAACUUCUUUCGCCGGCGGCCCGUGACUGGGGCUGACCCCGCCAUUUCUGAUUCUUCCAGCACGUACGAGGUGCCCUUGUACACAAAUGCUGCAUACUACCCAAAUUGGCGGAUUUACCGAAAGCAACCUCCCUCGUCCUUGAGAUUGGGCUUUAUUUCGCACGUUUUCUACGCUUUUGCUUGGGUGAAAGACGAUGGCACGGUCUAUCUGAGCGAUGAGUGGGCUGAUACCCAGAUGCCGGUGGACGGCACAGAGGGCUGCUUACGAGCAUUCGUUCAAUUAAAACAACAAUACUCCCAAAUGAGAGUUAUUCUGUCUAUCGGCGGUGGUGGAAAGGGUAGCGAAAACUUCGCUGCAGUUGCCCACAGUCGUUCUAAGGUGGACACCUUUGUGCGCACAGCCCGUGAGUUGGUGGAUGAGUACGGACUAGAUGGCAUUGAUGUUGAUUGGGAACACCCCGCCGACUCCAAGCAGGGUAAAGACUAUGUUCGCCUUCUCGCUCGCCUGCGACAGGUCUUGCCCGCUCCUCGAUACGUUCUGGCCACUUGUCUCCCAGCAGGACAGUGGGCACUUCAAAAUAUCGACUUGUUCGAGGCUGAAAAGCACCUUGACAUGAUCAACCUCAUGGCUUAUGAUUUCUCUGGACCUUGGAUCGCCGAGACUGGUCAUCAAGCCCAGCUCUAUGGCACGCCCACUUCGUGUUACCUGGCAGUCUCUUAUGUCUUGUCACAAGGAGUUCCCUCACGAAAGCUCAUUCUUGGCAUACCAACAUACGGGCGCUCAUUUCUUGGAAGCAAUGGACCGGGCCAGGGGUAUACUGGCUGUGGCGGAGAAGAUGGUGUAUUUGAUUAUCGUGAUCUUCCUCGCCCCGGAUCUCAGGAGGUUCUGGACAACCAAGCCGGGGCUGCGUAUUGCGUGGGUGGAGAUGGUGGAUUUGUCACGUAUGACGUCCCCGCAACGGUCCAGCAAAAGGCACAACUGGUGACAACGACGAAACUGGGAGGUUUGUUCUACUGGAACAUCUGCUCUGACUCUCGUGGCCCACGAAGCCUGAUUGAAACUGGAUACAACACUUUGCAUGAUAUGUGA